UGUCCCUCAGUGUCCCGCUGUCCCCGCAGUGUCCCCCCCGGUGUCCCCUGUCCCCGCGGCCAUGCCGGAGCCGGUGCACCACAUCCAGCUGCGCUCCUUCAGCCGCUCCCUGCUGGCCACGCUCAACGGGCAGCGCGCGGCCGGCCGCUUCUGCGACGUCACCGUGCGCAUCCGCGAGGCCUCGCUGCGCGCGCACCGCUGCGUGCUGGCCGCGGGCAGCCCCUUCUUCCACGACAAGCUGCUGCUGGGCCACGCGGCCGUCGAGGUGCCGCCCGUGGUGCCGCCGGCCGCCGUGCGCCAGCUGGUCGAGUUCCUCUACAGCGGCAGCCUGGUGGUGGCGCGCUCCGAGGCGCUGCAGCUGCUGACGGCCGCCUGCGUGCUGCAGAUCGAGGCCGUCAUCGGCGAGUGCGCGCAGAUCGUGUCGCAGGCCCGCGGCCCCGCGCUGCACAUCGAGGGAACCAUCGGUGAGGGCACUCAGAUCGUGUCGCAGGCCCGCGGCCCCGCGCUGCACAUCGAGGGAACCAUCGGUGAGGGCACUCAGAUCGUCUCGCAGGCCCGCGGCCCUGCCAUGCUGCCCGCCGAGGGGGCCAUCAAUGAGGGCACCCAGAUCAUGUCACAGGCCCACGGCCCCACGCUGCCCGCCGAGGGAGCCAUGGGUGACGGCACUCAGAUCGUGUCGCAGGCCCACGGCUCUGUGCUGCACAUCGAGGGAACCAUCAAUGAGGGCGCGCAGAUCGUGUCACAGGCCCACGGCUCUGUGCUGCACAUCGAGGGAACCAUCAAUGAGGGCGCGCAGAUCGUGUCGCAGGCCCAUGGCCCUGCACUGCAGAUCAAGGGAACCAUCAAUGAGUGCACCCAGAUCACCUCGCAGGCCCACGGCCCCGCACUGCACAUCGAGGGAACCAUCAAUGAGUGCACCCAGAUCGUGUCACAGGCCCACGGCCCUGCACUGCACAUCGAGGGAACCAUGGGUGACGGCACUCAGAUCGUCUCACAGGCCCACGGCUCUGUGCUGCACAUCGAGGGAACCAUCAACGAGUGCGCACAGAUUGUCUCACAGCCCCAUGGCCCCGCGCUGCAGAUCAAGGGGAUUGUUGAUGAGUGCACCCAGAUCGUCUCGCAGGCCCGCGGCCCCGCGCUGCAGAUCGAGGGAGCCAUUGAUGAGUGCGCCCAGAUCCCCUCGCAGCCCCGCGGCCCCGCCGCGCUGCCCGCCGAGGGAACCGCCGGCCACAGCCGCAAGCAGCGGCAGCCGCUGCGCCUGGCGCCCGCGCCGCUCAAGGAGGAACGCCCAGACCCACAGGAUGAGGAGGAUGAUGAGGAUGACGAAGGAGAGGAUGAAGGAGGCCCCCAGGAAGGCGUUGUCCCGCCGCCGGCCUUGCCCGGCCCCGAGGCGCCGUUUCUGGGGCCCCCCGAGGCGCUGCUGGCGCCCUGGGACGUACCAACCCACACGGACCAGUACCAACCCACGUUGACCCACACUGACCGUUGCCCCACGCUGGCCCACAGUGACCAGUACCAACCCACGCUGCCCCACACUGACCCGUACCAGUCCACACUGCCCCACCCUGACUCCAGUUGCCCCACACUGACCCACAUUGCCCAGUACCAACCCAUGCUGCCCCACCCUGACUCCAGUUGCCCCACACUGCCCCACCCUGACUCCAGUUGCCCCACGCUGCCCCACCCUGACUCCACUUGCCCCACACUGGCCCACGCUGACUCCAGCUGCCCCGUUUCCCUCUCCGCAGGCGAGAAGCCCCACCAGUGCUCCAUCUGCUGGCGCUCCUUCUCCCUGCGGGACUACCUGCUCAAGCACAUGGUGACCCACACGGGCGUGCGCGCCUUCCAGUGUGGCGUCUGCUGCAAGCGCUUCACCCAGAAGAGCUCCCUCAACGUGCACAUGCGCACGCACCGCCCCGAGCGCUUCCAGUGCCGCCUCUGCACCAAGGGCUUCUCCCACCGCACCCUCCUGGAGCGCCACGCCGCCACCUCCCACCCCGUGCCACCGCCGGGGCCGCCGCUGGGACCGGCACCGGGGCCACAGCCCGGGCUGCCACUGGGGCCAGCACUGGGACCAUCACCUGGGCUGCCACUAGGGCCACCACCGGGGCCAGCACCGGGGCCACAGCCCGGGCUGCCACCGGGGUCACCGCUGGGACCACCACCGGGGCCAGCACCUGGGCUGCCACCUGGGCUGCCACUGGGGCCACUGCUGGGACCACCACAGGGGCCAGCACCUGGACUGCCACCAGGGCCACCGCCAGGGCCACCACCUGGGCUGCCACCAGGUCCACCACCAGGGCCACCGCCAGGGCCACCACCAGGGCCACCACCAGGUCCACUGCCAGGGCCACCACCAGGGCCAGCACCUGGGCUGCCACCUGGGCCACCGCCAGGGCCACCUCCCGGGCUGCCACCGGGGCCACCGCUGGGACCACCACAGGGGCCAGCACCUGGGCUGCCACCAGGGCCACCACCUGGGCUGCCACCUGGGCCACCACCGGGGCCGCCCCCGGAGCCUGGACUGGGCGCGUGGCCGGGGCCGGACGUGGCGGGCGCCGGCCCCGCUCACACGGCGUGAGGAGGGGUCCCUGCCCCUGGAGGGGCCUUGAGGGGGGCCCCGGGGGCUCCGCGGGUGCGGUGGAGCAGCCGGGGUGAAGCCCGGGGACAGGGCUGGGAUGCCCUCCGUGGGGCUCGGGAGGCUGAGGCACAUUCCCGGUGACGGCAGGAGGGCAGCGGGGUGUCCCAACGGGGACGUGGGGAGCGGCCGGGGCGCCGAGCGGGAGCACGGGGCAGAUCCUGCCGGGAGCCGUGCUCAGGCAGCCCGAGGAGGCUGGUGACGGCCAGCGCGGCGCCGCCGGGGCAGACGGAGCCCGGGAACCCCGGCGGGCCUGCGGGAGCGGGUGAGGACGUCAUUGUCCUGGUGGCACCCCCGGAACGUUCUGGAACUGAGCUGGGCACGGGGAUUGGAGAGAUGGACCAUGAGGGUGAUGACAUCAUUGACCUGAUGGCACCCCCGGAACGUUCUGGAACUGAGCUGGACAUGGGGAUUGGAGAGAUGGACCAUGAGGGUGAUGACGUCAUUGACCUGAUGGCAGCCCUGGAACAUUCUGGAACUGAGCUGGACAGAGGGAUUGGAUGGAUGGACCAUGAGGGUGAUGACGUCAUUGUCCUGGUGGCACCCCCGGAACGUUCUGGAACUGAGCUGGGCACAGGAAUUGGAUGGAUGGACCAUGAGUGACCAUGGAGGUGCUCGGAGGGCUGGACCGUGAGGGUGAUGACCUGAUGGGCCCCUGGAAUGUUCUGGAACUGAUCUGGACACGGAGUUUGGACAGAUGGACCACACCAUGAGUGGCCAUGGAGGUGCUCAGAGACUGGACCAUGAGGGUGAUGACAUCAUUGACCUCAUGGGACUCCUGGAACGUUCUGGAACUGAGCUGGACAUGGGGAUUGGAGAGAUGGAUCAUGCCAUGAGUUGCCAUGGAUGCUCAGUGGACCAUGAGGGUGAUGAUAUCAUCGCCCUGAUGGCACCCCUGGAACAUUCUGGAACUGAGCUGGACAUGGGGAUUGGAUGGAUGGACCAUGAGUGGCCAUGGAGGUGCUCAGAGGGCUGGACCAUGAGGGUGAUGACCUGAUGGGCCCCUGGAAUGUUCUGGAACUGAGCUGGACACGGAGUUUGGACAGAUGGACCACACCAUGAGUGGCCAUGGAGAUGCUCGGAGGACCAUGAGAGUGAUGACGUCAUUGACCUGAUGGCACCUUUGGAAUGUUCUGGAACUGAGCUGGGCAUGGAGAUCGGAUGGAUGGACCAUGAGUGGCCAUGGAGGUGCUCAGUGGACCAUGAGGGUGAUGAUGUCAUUGCCCUGGUGGCACCCCUGGAAUGUUCUGGAACUGAGCUGGACAGAGGGAUUGGAUGGA